AUGGCUCCCUCGAGAAUGCUCACCGAUCAGGAGAUCAACAAGAUCGCUCUCGAACAGUUUGUCCACUACAAAGUCAGCCCCGAAAUGAUUUCCUACCUCGCCCUCGCCGCGCACAACGUCAUUCCAUGCGAUUCCGCCCUCAUGCCCAUGCAAAAUGACGGUGGUUCUCACCGAAACGGCCCUCCCACCCCGCCCGAGAGCCCCGAUUCCGCUCCCGUCAUGCCUGCCGACGGCGGCCUGCCCAGUGUUGAGGAAUUCAUCACUAAGCUCGUUGUCCUGUCUAAUGUCCAGGUCCCGACACUCAUGUGCACCCUCGUCUACCUCACCCGUCUCAAAUCCAAGCUUCAGCCUAUGGCUCGGGGCCUCCGAUGCACCACCCACCGCAUCUUCCUAGCUGCUCUCAUCCUCGCCGCCAAGUACCUCAACGACUCCUCCCCCAAGAAUAAGCACUGGGCCAGCUACACCUUCCACAACCACGCGGAGUAUGUCUUCGGUUUCAGCUGCAACGAGGUCAACCUCAUGGAGCUGCAGCUCCUCUUCCUUCUCAAAUGGGAUCUUCACAUGGACGAGGAGGACCUCUACCGCGAAUUCGACGGGUUCCUCGAGCCUAUCCGCCACGAAGUCAGGCACGAACACAUCAAGCGCAUGCGCCAGAAGCAGCGUCGCCAGAAGGAGAUGUAUGCUGCCGCUGCGGCUGCCGCCGCCGCCGCCUCGGCUCGCUAUCCCAGCCCGCCCACAUCCCGACACGCGAGCCCCGAUUCCCGUCUGGCCGCUGCUCGUGCCGGCUCCAUCUCGCCGCCGGGCCUGACCUACAGCAGCUCGGCAAGCUCGUAUGCCUCGUCGGUCGCUUCUACCUCGAGCAGACAACACUCGCGCUCCACCACGCCACUGGAAUCUGAGACGGACCCCUUUGCGUAUCAUGAGUUCCUCGACGACAGCCUCUACGACUCCCCGGUCGACGUGUCCAUGGACAAGGAGUUGUUUACCGCCUCGACCCGCAACCUCAAGCCCACGCCCAGCAGCCUUCGUCUUGAAGAAACGGCCAACGAGCAGUAUCGGCAACUUUACGACGUCAGCAAUCGGAAGCGUCAGCGCCGCGGCGUGUGGGCCCGUUUGCUUGGUGGUGGUGCAGUGACCGUGCGAUGA